ACUCUUACUUCUUUCAUGUUCUAAUUUUACUUGUUUAUCAAUGGAAAAAAGUGAUUUCAUACAUCGAAUCGAUAUCUUUGAUCAAAAUCACUUUUCCAAAAAUCUUCCAAGUCAUCAGAUGUAUUCUGGACAUUUCAACAAAUCAAAUCAAUUGAAUACUUUUAAUGUUUAUGCAGAAGCCCGUAGCUUAUUGAAUGAAUGGAUGAUUAAAAAUACUUUGGAUAUUGAAGAUCUAGAUAGCGGGAGUGAUGAUUUUAAGCCAAUUACUCCUAGUCGAAAAGAAAUUAAAAGAGAAUGGGACCAUCUAUUUAAAGAUAACAAUCUGAAGAAUGAUUUUUCAGAUGACUAUGAAGUUGAUAAUCACUUGAAAAAUAAUCACUAUACAGAACAUAAUUCUAAAGACUCAGAUUUAUCCCACAUUGGUUAUACACGCCAACGUCAGUCUACAUUGGAAAAAAUUCUCUUACGUCAAGAAGAGGCUAAAGCACGACGUGAACUACGACAAAAAGAAUUAGAAUCUCGUCGUAUUCUUGAAGCUACUAAUCGUCAAAUAAAAGCACAAAUUUUGUACAAAGCAAAACAAGACGAAAAAAUGAGGCAAGCAGAAGAAAGACGAGAAGAAGAACUAAUUCACCAGGAGAUGGUACGAAUUCGCAAAGAAUUAGAAGAAGAAAAACAGGCAGCAAAAAACUACAGAAUUUCUGGGAUUUCAACUGAAUGUGUUACCGGUCCUUUGUGUCCUGUUCCUCAAUUAGAUUUAUCAUGUCUUUCUGUUAAUUCUGAUGAUGACAAUAAAUCAUUUACUACGACUGGGGGUUUUGAAUCUAAUCAGACUAGAGAUGAGAAAUACUUAAUGAAAUGUACAUUUAAUGCAUGGUAUCAAUUAAUUUAUAAUAUAAAAAUUCAAUUUACAAUGUUACAAGCUAAAAAUGAAUUUCAUUUAAAAAAAACUUAUUUUAAUUAUUGGAAAUUACAAAUUCAUCAAAUUAAUUAUAAUCGUGAUAUUGAAAAAGCUAAAUUAGAUUCGAUAGAAAUAAUCAAAAAAGAAUAUAGAGCUAAACAGUUUCAUGAAAAUUUUCUAUUGAAACAAUGUUUUACACGUUGGAGAUGUACAAUACGAAUGGAGAAAUCAACUCGUGAUCAGUUAGAAAAAGAAUCAUUCAGACGUGAAAAAGAAAUCGAAUUUCUCAAACAUUUAGAUACUUUAAUGAACAAUCAUCAAACUAAAACAUUAACAUCUGAUAAUGAUAAUAUUAAUACUACUAAUAAUAAUAAUCAAAAUAAUGAAACUAUACCAUUUGGUAAUCGUAUAUGUUUAACUGAUAGAAAAUCACAAAAAUUAAAGAUGGUAAAUACCAACAAAGCGUGUUUGAAAUCAGAGAAUUCAUCUCCUUCAAUUGAAGACUUGAUAUCUGAUAGUUUCACUCUGGAUCAUUAUAAAAGUGAUAAAAAAAUUAAUCGAAUACUAUCUGCUCAAUCAAGUGUAAUGAAACCAAUUUUAAAUCAAACUAUUAUACAACAACGUAAUAUUAUUGCUGCACAAAAUCGUGAAAUUAAUGCAUUAAAAGCAGCACAUCGUUAUUCUGAAUGGUUAUUAGAAGCACGAGCACAUAAAUUAGCUAAAACUAUAAUAGAAAAAACUAAUACAAAAAUUAAUGAAGCUGAUAAAUCUUCCUCUGAAUUGAAUGAAUCAUUAGUGCACGUUGAAAAUGGUACAGAUGAUCAAGUUCAUUCUCAACUAAUAUCAAACGAAAUGAAAUGUCCCAUUAAUGAUAAUCAUUUAAUGACAAAUGAUUUAUCAGGAUCAAUUCCUUCAAAAACUAUAUCGAUUAAUAAAAAAAACUCAUUUAUUCAAAAAAUGGAAGAAAGAGCAGCUGAACGUGCUCGUCGACGUGCAUUACAAGAAGAAAGAAGACGUGAAAAUGAACAAAAGAAAAAAGAACAGUUAGCUAAACAGUUAGAAGAAGAAGCUAACAGAAUCAAACAAGAAAAGAUAAUGUUGAAGAAUGAACAAAAAGAAAAGAAGAUUCGUGAAGAAGAGGUUGUCAUUACUGUAGAUGUUUUGUUGAGUUAUUCAGACAUUUCAUGUAUAUAUAUAUAUAAAACAGGAUAUUGGUAUAGUGUUUAGAGAUUAAUUGGUGAGACUAUAAUUUAUAGACGAUAUUUAAGCUGACGCUAAAGUGAUGUUGAGAGUGUUAACUUAAUAACUAGUACCAAAUGAGG